UUCAACAGUUCUAUCCGUACCUUCUCUCAGUAUGCAAAUGCAGAAAAGCACAUUGCUAUUCAGUUAUCUCUGAUCCUAUCCCACUAAACUAAAACAAUACUCAUUUUCAAACUUAAAAUAUAGUGUAAAAAACUCAUCUUUAUCUUUAAGUUCGUGUAUUUUUGACUUAUUUUUUAAAUUAUAAAUGGGAGGUCAUUGGAAUUUAUCUUUUUGGUGAGCUGAUAUUGUUCGUACAUAUAAGUAAAAAAGCUUAGUAAAUUUGAAGCUUAGUACUCCUAAUACUUAUCAAAUGAUUUAUCCAUAAAUGAGUUUUAAGUAAUCAAUGCACACUAUCAAUAUAUAAUUUUUUUUUUGUAUUAUCAAGUCAUUAAAAUGAUAUCCACAUAUACAUAUUUUUUCAAAAUGUUGGACUUGUUAACUUAUGAAGAAAAUGAAUUACAUGUUAUAAAAGUAACCUGAUGAUGAGAACACAAUCAAAAUAAUUAAUUUUACCUAAUAAUUAUAGAUGAGUUUCUCCACCUUAUCUUCGUUUCAAAGGUAAGAAUAAGUUACGGAUAAAACUCAUACUCUUUAGAACCAUAUUAGGUAUAUGUUAUAAGCAAGCUAAUAGCGUACAACAAUAACAACAUAAGAGAAUGUAAUUUCAUUAGUGAGGUCCGAAAAGAAUAGAGUGUUCACGCUGGGGUGUGCUUUCUUAUAAUUCAACUCUUAUAAGAAGCAACAGUAUUCACCCUACGUUCUAUUUUAAUCAAAGUGUGUACUUUGUUAUAUCUCUAGUUAAUUUCAUUUUCAACACACAUAUGGACCCAGAAGCUUUCUCAGCUAGCUUGUUCAAGUGGGACCCAAGAGGUGCAAUGCCACCACCAAGCCGACUACUAGACCCGGUGGCGGCGCCACCACUUCUACCACCACCACCACCACCACCACCACUCAGUACUGCACCAGCAUAUUCAAUAAGAAGUAGCACCACAAGGGGUCUAGGAGGACUAGAAGAGUUGUUUCAAGCGUACGGCAUACGCUAUUACACUGCUGCUAAGAUAGCAGAGCUAGGGUUCACGGUGAACACGUUAUUGGACAUGAAAGAUGAAGAACUCGACGAUAUGAUGAACAGUCUAUCGCAGAUUUUCAGGUGGGAAUUGCUGGUAGGAGAAAGGUAUGGUAUUAAAGCUGCCAUUAGAGCUGAAUGGCGGAGGUUGGAGGAGGAGGAAGCGCGGCGGCGCGGUCACAUUCUCUCCGAUGGUGGAACUAAUGUCCUUGAUGCUCUCUCACAAGAAGGGUUAUCGGAGGAGCCAGUACAGCAACACGAGAGAGAAGCGGCAGGAAGCGGGACAUGGGAAGUGGUUGCAGCAUCUGCAGGUGGUGGAGGGAGACUGAAACAAAGGAGGAGGAAGAAGGCGGGGGCUACAGGGAGGGAGAGAAGGGGGAUGUCCGGUGAGGAUGAUGAUGAAACUGAGGAAUUUGGAGAUGAUGAUGAAGAGAAUAUCAACGAAGCUGGUGGUUGUGGAGGAGGAGGAGGAGGAGGAACAAGUGAGAGACAAAGGGAGCAUCCGUUUAUUGUGACGGAGCCUGGGGAAGUGGCACGUGGCAAAAAGAACGGCUUGGAUUACUUGUUCCAUCUCUAUGAACAAUGUAGGGAAUUCUUGGUUCAAGUUCAGAAUAUCGCUAAGGAACGUGGUGAAAAAUGCCCCACUAAGGUGACGAAUCAAGUGUUCAGGUAUGCGAAGAAGUCAGGGGCUAGCUACAUAAACAAGCCCAAAAUGCGACACUAUGUGCAUUGCUAUGCACUUCAUUGCCUUGAUGAGGAUGCCUCCAAUGCUCUGAGAAGAGCUUUCAAGGAGCGAGGAGAGAACGUUGGGGCUUGGAGACAGGCAUGUUAUAAGCCCCUCGUGGCCAUAGCUGCUCAACAGGGCUGGGACAUCGAUUCCAUUUUCAAUGCACAUCCUCGCCUAGCCAUUUGGUAUGUCCCCACCAAACUCCGCCAGCUCUGCCAUUCUGAAAGAAGCAACGCUGCUGCAGUUGGUUCUAAUUCGGUUUCUGGUGGUGGCGUUGUAGCUGAUCACCUGCCGCAUUUCUAAGUUGCACUUUUCCUGAUGAAUUUUACGAAGUAGAUCUACUGAGUUUAAUCUCUCUGACUUUGCCACUAUAUUUAACUUCCCUAGUCUUUUUCUACUGUUAAUGUAAUAUUUUCAGUUUAAAGAUCAAAAUUU